CGGCGAAGGUCUCAAUUUUGCAUGGUUACCUCUUAACCAAGCCACUGAUAAAGUUCUUUAUAAGAGUAUGCAAGAGGUUAUUAAGCAAGCCUUCGCGUAUGUCGAGAAUAACAAACCUCCAAAAAAUUCGGAACCUCAACAGCGAUCACGUGUUGAGAAAAGUCAAAUCAAUAGCGAUAGGUUAGAAAGCAAAAUGAAAAUUUGGAACUUUGCUUUACCUUUAGAUUCACAACGACAAGCUAUGAGCCGUCAGUUAGGCAGAGAACAGCGUCAACAAAAUAAUCGCCCAGAAAAGAAUGGAAAUGGCUUUUCGUCACCCCUUCACUCUCCAGUGAUGCCAUUCGAAAAUCCGCUUUAUAAAACGCGAUUAUGCGAACGCUUCGAGACAGAAAGGUUUUGCCCAUACGGGUCAAAGUGCACAUUUGCUCAUGGAACUGCUGAAUUAAGGGAAAGACCUCCUGGUGAGGAAAAGGUUGACAUACCUCCUACCGCAAAAGACGGUCCAGAUAAUCCUUUGUAUAAGACACGCUUAUGCGAACGAUUUAUGAAGGAAAAUUUUUGUCAGUAUGGACCUAAGUGUAAUUUUGCUCAUGGAGAGAAUGAAUUAAGAGAAAGACCUAACACUGGUCAAAAUAGUCGCGAAAGUCCUGAACCACUUCCACCUCAUACACCACAUUCGCAUGGUAAAUAUCAGCAUCCACAUUAUCGCCAAAAUUCUCUGAACGAAAAUGAAUCAGAAAAGAGAAUCUUUCCUCCAAACCCUAGUGGUAGUGGUGUGUUUCGAUCUGAAAUUCAGAAUGGAAUUUUUGGUCGUAUCGCCGUUUUUUCAGCUUCAGAGCAGAUUCAUCCAACGACAAACAGGUAA